UCCUUGAGCAAGACCCCCUUAGCCCACAGCUGCUCAGUUGUAUCCUGUUUGACUGGGAAGUCUGUGUGGAGAACAGCUUCAGCCUGAAGGAGUACAUCUAAACACAAACCUCACAAACCUAUCUUUUAGUGAGUGUUCCUUCCAGAACUUUUCUUAUGUUCUGUCUCCACCUGCUGGCUGACAGAGAGAACAGCAGCAGUCAAACAGGCGUAGUACCAGAGGCGUACUAUAUUGCUAUUGAUAUUGUACUUACAGUAAAAAAAAAGUGUGUUGUUUUGGACGUAACAGAGCUCGUUUGGAGUUUCCGCUGAGUGAAAGCGCUCUUCACUUCACCUGAGAGAGUGUAUUAUCGUGGCAGACUGUUCAGGGUGCGGUGUGGGACGCAGCGCGGCUCUGAGUGACUGGCGGCUCCUCUCCUCAGGCAGAGCGCGAGAGCUGACACAUGGACGCUGUGGCGCGGGGCGGCGCGUCACACAGGUAGCGCGCUGUGCUCCCGCGCGCUCUGCUCCCGCGCGCUCCACCACUUUACCCAGUCCAGUCGCAGUCCCGCCUGGACCACCGCUGCGUUUCCCCUCACUAGAUUCAGGACAAACACAGUGUCGGAUGGAAAACUGAAAACUCCUCAUUUUGUUUGAAAAAAAAUAUCCAACAUCUCGAGCGUCACGAUGGCCUCUAUUGGGGACUUCGACCCGCUCCAUUCUACAGUACCAGCAACUAAGAUUGAAGUUACUGUCUCGUGCAGGAAUCUACUGGACAUGGACACGUUUUCUAAAUCAGAUCCUGUUGUCGUGUUGUACAUACAAGGCAUAGGAACAAAAGAAUGGAGAGAGUAUGGCAGAACGGAGGUGAUUGACAACACACUGAAUCCAGACUUUGUACGGAAAUUUGUUCUGGAUUUCUUCUUUGAGGAGAAGCAGAAUCUUCGGUUUGAUGUGUACAAUGUGGACACACGAAGUUCAAACAUCUCAAAACAUAAAGAUUUCCUGGGUCAGACAUUUUGCACACUUGGAGAGAUUAUUGGCUCGACAGGCAGUCGCAUGGAGAGAACGCUAUCCGGGAUUCCAGGGAAGAAGUGUGGCACCAUCAUCUUAACCGCUGAGGAACUCAGCAACUGCAGGGAUAUUGCUACUAUGCAGCUGUGUGCCAAUAAACUGGACAAGAAGGACUUCUUCGGCAAGUCUGAUCCUUUCUUGGUGUUCUACCGCAGUAACGAGGAUGGAACGUUUACUAUCUGUCAUAAGACAGAGGUGAUUAAGAACACUCUGAACCCAGUGUGGCAGCCAUUCACCAUCCCUGUGCGUGCGCUGUGUAAUGGUGACUAUGACAGAACCGUUAAGGUAGAUGUGUAUGACUGGGAUCGAGAUGGAAGUCAUGACUUUAUUGGCGAGUUCACCACUAGCUACAGAGAGCUGUCCCGAGGUCAGAGCCAGUUUAAUGUGUAUGAGGUUUUAAAUCCAAAAAAGAAAGGAAAGAAAAAGAAAUAUGUCAAUUCUGGCACAGUGACAUUGCUUUCCUUUAAAGUUGAAUCUGAAUACACAUUUGUAGACUUCAUCAGAGGAGGGACACAGCUCAACUUCACUGUGGCCAUAGAUUUCACAGCAUCAAAUGGUAACCCGGCUCAGCCAACUUCCCUGCAUUACAUGAGUCCAUAUCAGAUGAACACCUACGCUAUGGCAUUGAAGGCAGUGGGAGAGAUUAUUCAGGACUAUGACAGUGACAAACUCUUCCCAGCAUAUGGAUUUGGAGCCAAACUGCCCCCCGAUGGCAAAAUCUCCCAUGCCUUUCCUCUGAAUGGUAACAGUGAGGACCCAAACUGUGUGGGGAUAGAGGAGGUGCUGGAGGCUUACUUCCAAAGUCUCAGAAAAGUCCAGCUAUAUGGACCAACCAACUUCGCCCCAGUCAUUAACCAGGUAGCAAGUGCAGCGCAGGAUGUGACCGAUGGCUCCCAGUAUUUUGUGCUGUUGAUGAUCACAGACGGAGUCAUUUCAGACAUGGUGCAGACAAAAGAAGCUGUUGUCAAUGCUUCAGCUCUACCUAUGUCCAUCAUCAUUGUGGGUGUGGGUCCAGCUGAGUUUGAUGCUAUGGAGGAGUUGGAUGGUGACGAGGUCAGAGUGUCAUCUAGAGGACGCUUCGCUGAAAGAGACAUUGUUCAGUUUGUUCCAUUCCGUGACUACAUUGACCGCUCUGGAAACCAGAUCCUGAGUAUGGCUCGGCUGGCUAAAGAUGUUCUAGCGGAGAUCCCUGACCAGCUGUUGUCCUUCAUGAAGAGCAAAGGGAUCGAGCCACGUCCUGCCCCCCCUGCCACCAGCAUGCCCAACAAACUCCCCGUCAACAUGCGCAUCUGAGCAUCUGCGCAUGUUCCCAUCUGACAAAUGUUAGCACCGGUAAAUGCUUGGCAAUGAACACAGCUUUGUGCAACCAAAAAGUUUCGUUAUCUACAAAGCUGUAUACUCUUUUUAACUUAAAUAUGACACUUUUCUGAUUCUAGUAUAUUCUACAGACACACAGCAAGAAAAUGAGAGUAAUUAAUCCAGAAAGAAAUAUAGAGCGAGGAGAAUGAAGACAAGGUAGAGAGAGAGAUUAAGCACAUGAGAGAGAAUGACUGGCACAGUCUGGAGUGAAAGGGCAGAUGAACUCAUUUUCUGUCCCAAACACUGAUGACCCCAAACAUGCCAAGGAUGGCAAAAAGCAAUCAGUAAUUAACCAUAGGCCAUUCUUUAUGAACCCAGUUCUUUAUGAACCCAGAGUGACCAAGAAAAGGGCAUGAAAAAUUGUACCAUGUCACCCCAGAAGUUUCUAAAGUUUAGUAAAUGGAUGUAUUAAACAUAGCUUAUGUGUGCAUUUCUGUGUAUGUGUUCUGAAUAACUGAUGAAGACAACAUGUCUCUAGGUGUCCUAAGAGAAUUCUUAAUGUAUUUUAGGGUUGGUGACUUCAAAGACUGUAUCUCCAAAAUGUUAUGGUUGCACCCUAUACCACACUUUGUGAACCCAAACAAACCUCUUCCUCUUAAUUUUUCGAAUAUAGAAACAUUUUGAUGAUUAGUCGUUGGAUGCUGGUUUUGUCUCUGGGUGCUGAAUAACUGACAGUGAGUUUUAAGAAAAAAGAGAACCAAGAGUGAGAGAACUAACAGCCUUCACACCCUCUGUCACUGACUGAUGUGCAGCAUCCUAAACCUGAUUCAUAUAUUCCAUUCUUCUUAGCUUCAUCAACCCAGAUUUAUCUCCCUGACUUCACAGCCACAAACCUCCACACUCUGUCCAUAUGGCACAACCAAAACUUUAUUGUUUGGUUUUCAGUAGACUCCUACGGCCAUCAAGUGACAGUAUUUCUUUUUACCAAGAUGUCAGUGUUUCUAUUCACUUUAUCUCUCUAUUGUUACACUUCCUGCUUAUAAUCCUCAGCGCCUCACUUCAUAUGAAUUAAUUCUUUCUUGGCUUUGACCUUCCUUUCAGCCAUAACCUGGGAGAUAUUACCUGAUGAAUAAUGUAUUCUGGCAUUAGCUCUGAAGGAUCAAAUCCCCAUGGUCUUUAAGAGCUUGCAGUGUCUCUGUUGGCUGUUUAGAGUAAAAACAAACCAUUCUACACAACAGAAUACACAAGGGCCAAAUACACAAGCCUGAGUCUAGACUGCAAGGGCACCUUCAAACAUUAUUUCUUUCCAUAUAGAAAGAAACCAGAGAGUGAAUAAGGGUGAGGGAAAAGAGAAUGUGAUCACAGCUACCACUUGAAAAUGUAGCACAGGGCCAUUAUGUUAAUUUUGAGGGAUUCAGAAUAUGCCUCUUCUCCUUUGCAAAUGAAUGCAAAAUUAUUCUAUUCUUUCUCUAGCUCCAUGUCACUGACUCCUGCUCUAGAUGUAUGUAAUAGUUCAUGCCCCAAAUCUGUUGGCUCUUGUGUCUCUGGCUGCUGAUGCUGCUUUGCUGCUUACUGCAUAAGAGACUGUCUGAUCAUAGGUCAGAGUUGAUGCAAAUUGAUUGUAGCUGCCUAGAUAGACAACAUUCUUGGGCAGUAUUUGAAUACUCCAACAGUUUUGGAAGUCCUUGUUGGAGACAAGCAGAGGAAUGCUAAUGGGUCUUCUGAAUGUCUGGCCAAAUAGGGAGAUCCUGUGCAGUGUAAACAAUCCUAUAAUUAUGUGAGUUUUAUUAAAGUUUUACCAAAACUGGACAGUUAAAGACUGGAAAAGGCCCAGAUGAUUUUUCCAAUCUUCAGCUGUCUAGUUUCAGUGAGCCUCAAAUUCCUGUUCUAGGCUGACAGGAGUGGAACCCGAUGUGAUCUUCUGUUGUUGCAGCCCAUCUGUCUUAAGGUAUUUUGUAUUUUGCAUUUUGAAAUGCUUUUCUGCUCAUCAUGGUUGUAAAGAGUGGCUAUGUGAGUUACCAUUGUGUUCCUGUCAGCAUGAACCAGUCUGGAUAUUCUCCUCUGAGCUCUCUCAUUAAGAAGGUGUUUCAGCCCGCAGAACUGCCACUCACUAGAUGUUUUUUUGUUUUCUGCACUAUCCUGACCUAAACUGAGAAGCUAGCAAGUUAGUAAGGGUGCAAGGCCUGCCAAAGUUCCCGUUUAGUUAAGAGACAACCCCAUCAGACUGUUCCAGGUAAAUGUAUAGUGAUAUCAUAAACCACGUUUCUUCAGUUUCUGUGAUAAGAACAUUUUAUAUCAGCAUACCUAGUGUAAUAGUCGUGUGUGGGUGUUUUGGGGCUUAUUUCCCCAUUAAAAUCCGAAGACACUAUGACAAGCUCUUCUUGAAUACUUUCCUCUGUCUUUAUUUCUCUCUCUCCAACUUUCUUCCCCGCUGCCCUCUUCACACUCAAUUCUUUUUUUUUUUUUUUCAAAAACAGUACCUCCCCAUCAAAUUAAAGUCCAUGCAGUAAUACAAUACAGUCAGGUCCGGAAGUAUUUGGACAAUGACAGUUUUUGUGACCACCACAAUGGAUUAGAAAUAAAACAAUCAAGAUGUGAUCGAAGUGUAGACUUUCAGCUUUAUUUUAAGAGGGUCCACAAAAGUAUGACAUUUACCAUUUAGGAAUUACAGCCAUUUUCAGCAAAGUACCUCCAUUUUCAGGGGCUCAAAGGUAUUUGGACAAAGUGACAUAACUGUAAAUAUAACCAUAAUUUUAAUACUUUGAUGAAAAUCCUUUGCAGUCAAUGACUGCCUGAAGUCUGGAGCCCAUGUUCUCAAAACUCAAAUUCUGAGUUUCCUCCCUGGAGAUGCUUUGCCAGGCCUUCACUGCAGCCACCUUCAGUUGCUGCUUGUUUGUGGGUCUUUCUGCCUUCAGUCUUGUCUUUAGUAAAGCAUGCUCUAUUGGGUUGAGAUCAGGUGACUGACUUGGCCAUUGAAGAACAUUCCAUUUCUUUGCCUUCAAAAAGUCUUGAGUUGCUUUCGCAGUAUGUUUAGGGUCAUUAUCCACCUGCACUGUGAAGCGGCGUCCUAUCAGUUUUGUAGCAUUUGGCUGAAUGUGAGCAGAGAGUAUAGCCCUAUACACCUCAGAAUUCAUCUUGCUACUUCUGUCAGCAUUCACAUCAUCAAUAAACACCAGUGAGCCUGUUCCAUUAGCAGCCAUACAUGCAAAUGCCAUAACACUGCCUCCACCAUGUUUGACACAUGAUGUGGUAUACUUUGGAUCAUGAUCUGUUCCUUUCUUUCGCCAUACUUUUCUCUUCCCAUCAUUCUGGUACAAGUUAAUCUUGGUUUCAUCAGUCCAAAGAAUCUCAUUCCAGAACAUGGGAAGCUUUUUAGAUGUUUUCUGGCAAAGUCUAAUCUGGCUUUCCUGUUCUUGAAUGUUACCAGUGGUUUGCAUCUUGUUGUAAACCGUCUGUAUUUACAUUCAUGAAGAUGUCUCUUGAUUGUAGAUUUUAACAAUGAUACACCUACCUUCUUCAGAGUAUUCUUGACUUCUGUUGAUGUUGUGAAGGGGUUUUUCUUCACCAAGGAAAGAAUUCUGUGAUCAUCCACUUUAUUUGUCUUCUGUGGUCUUCCUUUUCUUUCUUUUUUAAGAAUGUGCCCAACUGUUGAUUUGGCCACACCUAAGGUUUUGCUAUCUCUCUUAUAGGUUUAUGUUUGUUUUUUUCAGCCUAAUGAUGGCCUCCUUCACUUGCAUUGAGAUCUCCCUGGACUUCAUAUUGGUAACUCCAGUCAAACAGCUGCCAAGUGCCAACUCAAUACCUGAUAUCAACUCCAGACCUUUAUCUGCUUCAUUUGUCUUGAAGUAACGAGGGAAUGGACCGCACCUGGUCAAUUAACUUCUUGUCAGUCAAUUGUCCAAAUACCUUUGAUGGUACCUUUGAAUACCUAAUGGUAAAUGCCAUAUUUUUGUGGAACCUCUUAAAAUAAAGCUGGAAGUCCACACUUUGAUCACAUCUUGAUUGUUUUAUUUCAAAUCCAUUGUGGUGUUGUAUAAAGGCGAAAUCACAAAAACAUUGUCAUUGUCCAAAUACUUCCGGACCUGACUGUAUAUUCCAUUACCCAAAUACAGGAUAAAUCCUUUACUUAACAAAUCCAUAAAUACUUAUUCAGCACAAACAUUAAAAUCUUUUCAUAUAUUUAGCUCUUACACUGCUUCCCCCUUAUGAAAAGAAACAUCGUCGUUUCUAGGAACAGAAAAAAAAAACAAUUAUGCAUUACACAUAAAGUAAGCAUUAACCAUAAACAUCUCAUUGCAACUACAAUGAAGUCUCUCUAAAGGCGUCUGUGUUUUCAUCUUUCUCUGACUUUAGAGGAAAUUAAUACAAGUAACAAGGAAAAGGGUGUUAUUCUUUAUUAGCUUCCCAGAAAAUCUGAAUUAAUUUUUAAGUGCAGGGGUGCCUCAGUGGUUCCGGUUCUGAGCUAUUAACUGGAAGGUUAUGAGUUCAAAUUUCAGGAUGGAUUUAAGGAUUGAGUGUGUUUCUGUGUCUGAGUAGGGGGUAAUAUGUUGCAGUUUAUGCAUAGUUUAAUGCAUGGUAUCAAAGGGGACCAUAAAUGCUAGUUUUUGUUGUUAAGAAUGUUUGUUUAUAUAUAUAUAUAUAUGUAUAGCUAGAACACUGUGUUGGUUUUCUAUGACAGUUUGUUUCUGUAUAUUUUGUCCUUGAUUUUUGUUGUUUACAAUACAUAUUUUGUGGAAACUGCAGAAUAUUGUAGAAUAUGCCACAAAAUACAAUGUAGCUUGCUGCAGAUAAAUAAUAUAUUUCUCUAGAUAUUUACAUAAUAAAUUAAAUAAUUGACUUCAUUUGUUAAAGCUUUAGCAUGCAGCUUUAGCCGACAUUGAACAAUGUAUAUUAAUUUUUAAUUUGUAUCUCACAUUUUACGGUAUAUUUUUGCAUGUCUAUCAAAAUGUAUGCUCAAGUAUGCAUUACAGUAGUAGUUUAUUGUUCAUUUUGUGCAUCUUAUCUGGGAGCAUAAUAAGGCAUGCACAGAACAUAACUGAAAUACAAUGCUAUUCAAGACAGGAGUACAUAAUUUUUUUUAUUCCUUCUACAGCAUUUACUUUUGUCACUAAACAUCAGUUUGUCUAGCUGUUUUCUUGCCUUGCUACAAUAAAACAUUCUUAC